GGAUCGAGCGUGGGGGGGAGUAGGACAAGUCAUAUGACCUGCUGGGCUUCCUGGCUCCGGCCGACGCCGCCCGCCCGUGUACGCCCGCGUAGUGCCGGGGCCCCGAGGAGCCGUUGGGGGGUCCGGGCCGAGGCCCACCUGCGCCGAAGUCGUCUCUCCUGCUGUCCGCCCCGCCGCCCGCCCGUCCUCCCCGCCGGCCGCCAUCAUGCUGGCGCUCAUCUCCCGUCUGCUAGACUGGUUCCGCUCGCUUUUCUGGAAGGAGGAGAUGGAGCUGACGCUCGUGGGGCUGCAGUACUCGGGCAAGACUACCUUCGUCAAUGUCAUCGCGUCAGGUCAAUUCAGUGAAGACAUGAUACCCACUGUGGGCUUCAAUAUGAGGAAAGUAACUAAAGGUAACGUCACGAUAAAGAUUUGGGACAUAGGAGGACAGCCUCGAUUCCGGAGCAUGUGGGAACGGUACUGCAGAGGAGUCAAUGCUAUUGUUUACAUGAUAGACGCCGCAGAUCGUGAAAAGAUAGAAGCCUCUCGAAAUGAACUACAUAAUCUUCUAGAUAAACCACAGUUACAAGGAAUUCCAGUGCUAGUACUUGGAAACAAGAGAGAUCUUCCAAAUGCCUUGGAUGAGAAACAACUAAUUGAAAAAAUGAAUCUGUCUGCUAUUCAGGAUAGAGAAAUUUGCUGCUAUUCAAUUUCUUGCAAAGAAAAGGAUAAUAUAGAUAUCACACUUCAGUGGCUUAUUCAACAUUCAAAAUCUAGAAGAAGCUGAAGCAUCUCCUGAAGUCUUCCAGUCCUUCCUGGCUAUAAUCCUAGAUUUAUUGUCCAAUCCUCUGAAGUACUUCCCAGAAUACGGUCCUUCCUAAACCCAAGAAAUUGCCUUUGAAUUUCAGAGUUUUUUUCUCAUGUGCACUGCUGAAGAUGUGUAUCCCUAAUCCUUCAUAAAGAAUCAGCUAGAGUUGUCAUGAUAAAGCCAGCACACAAAAAGGCUUCUUAUACAUACUUGUCUUAGUGUGUGGAGCUUUUUUUUUUAAAAAAACAAAACAAAACACUUUAACCAUCUUAAAUCAAGAAAAUAGUGUAUUUCUGUUCCGGUCUUUCUGGGCCAGAUUUUUGUAUUGGUUUUCAGUAAAUGUCUAUCUAUGAUAUUUCAUUAUAGAGUCCAUUAGCUUAAUAUGAUACUGACUUGAUACAGCAUGAAGUUUCUAGUGCCACACACAGUAUUUAGAAAACCUUUAGCCUGACUCAUGUGGGAUAUAAACAUAAUGUUUAUGUAUCUCACAAAUGCAUGUGAAAUGUAUAAUUACACCUUAGGAAUUAAAAAAAUGGUCACAAAGAGUGAGCAGAGGCACCAGAUCAGUGUUGUUAUUGGUUCUUUACACUGGUGAGGUCAAAUGUGAUGUAUUUAAAAAACAUUCUGCUUUCUGAUAAUUCUUCAUCACCAGAUGGCAGUUGGGGGUAUGGGAGGAACUAAGGCAUGCUGUUUUCUAUCUGUCCAGGUCAUUUCUUCUAUAUUUUUUCUUCUUUUUUUUUCAGGUUCAACACUUUUUUAAGGGAUUGGGAAUUGAAGAUUUUCUCAAAAGCUUUCAUGAAUUUAGAGCAUUCCAGCCAAUAUAAUAAAAUGUGUUCAGAAUGUCAGAUUUUGUUCAAACCCCUGUUUUUUCUAUCUCCAGUCAUUAAGUCCGUGCUGCUGCAUGACACUCUAACUCUUGACUUUUUAUAUCCAGUCAUAAAGGUGACUUUCAGCACAAUAGAUACUUAUAAACAAAUAAAAAUUCUUAUUUUUUCUCUUACUGAUGUAAGUUUGGCACUCUUUUGCCUGAUGCCAGCUGACAUCUCGAUUAUUGUGACAACUCUAGACCUGCCUGCUCUAUCCGAUGUAAUCAUGCGCAAUGUCUGCAGGUUGUUUAAUAAUCACACAGAGAACCGUGGAACUGAUGCUGUUCGUUGUUGGCUUCUGUGAUACCGAGAUGUAUAAAAAGUUAAAGUGAACAUGUUCUGUAGGUUAAUGAUCUCCAUAGACAUAAAGGGACACGCUGAUACUGGUUCACUUGUGAGCUAUUGUGUGCAUACCCACAGUAGUAGAUGAAACUCUCUGGUAUAUACCUGCUUAUGUGUGCCUCACACUGUGUGUGAUCAUUUCUUUUGUUAAGCAGCACUCCUGUAGACAGUGCAUUUCCAAAUGUGUUGAGCACUCCAAGUGCAAUCAACAGUAAGUUCUAAUGAAUACCAAUUUUAAUUUAUAGACUGCCAUGGCCUUAACAAUAUUCUGUACAAAAUACUGCACUGUGUUGCACAGACACUACUUGUUUUUCUCCAUUCACGUUUUUAUGAGUAUAGUCUCAGCUUUUAAAAUUGUUGUUAUUCUUUGAAGCAUGUUGCAUACUUCCCUGAGGGGGAUGGAUGGUUCUGUAAAUGAAGGGAUAUUUAAACCUGGUACUGUAGUCCAACACCCGUAGUGGUCACUGUGAACCAUUACAGAGAAUGUGGAGUUUGUGCCUAAAAGGAGGAAUUGGAACUAGAAUGUGUGACUAUGUGGGGACCGCAUAGUUUCGCUAAUAUGACCUAUAGCUAAACCUUAAUGUGUUUGCGUGUCUGUUCAUUGCUUUCAGCAUUCAGGACAACCAAACACGACUACCAACAUUUUCCUGUGCAUUAACUUCUGCAUGUGAAAACUUCACAGUUACUGAACUUUGUAAAUACGUGAAUUUUUUAAUUUAGGUGGAUGCAGUUUUUUUUUUGUCUGUUUACUCCUCUUUCAGCUUUAUUCAAUAAACUUGCAUUUUGAGGGUUGUAUUGACAAUUUUAACUUAACAGUGUGCAUCAUGAUAGAAGGUGUUGUCUUUUUGAAAGGGGAUAGAAAUUUACUAUGAGCAGGGUCUGUAGACCAUGUGCUAGAAAGAAAUCAUCUCAGCUUUCAAAGAUCUGGGUCUGUGGGCUAGUUUAAAAUAGGAAUCAACUUUAAAAACAUCCACAGAAUUGGUACUGCGAUUUUUGGGGGUGGUGGGUGGAGAAGAUGCUACUAUUUAUAAAUGGUCACGAUAUGCCAAAUUUAGAAUUUCUAAAAGUGGCAAGAGCUAGCUAAGCAUUUUAUAAUCCAGAAUCAUAACAAUUCUGCUAAUAAACAAAUCAAGAUAUGCCUACUUAAUGACUUCAGUUCCUGAAUGAAAAGAUUUUAAAUAUCCACCAUGGUGGUGUUCCCACAAAGGCACAUUUU